AUGCCGCGCCGGGGCGUGCCACCGGUCGUGGCUGCCCCCUUGGCCCCGGCACCACCGUCACCGAUCGUGCAGCGCCUGCGACAGGACUGGCGAUGGGCAGGUAUUAGCCAGUUUGUGUGGACCUUCUCGGACGGUUUCGGACUCAUCGACUGGGACAUUGAGGCCCUUGAACACGACUUGGACGGAACCGAAGACGCGGUAAUCCCAGAUCUCAUUGCUAAGAUGCUCUACGCGCUCACCUGGAACCGUCAGAUCAACCGUGAUAAUGCUUUCGAGCACCUACACAAGCAGUGGCUGAAGAGAGAACCCGAGACCAACCCCUUCGGCGCCCUCGAAGAACCGAACCUCUGGGGAACGUUAGGAUUGUCUCAGAAGGUGGAAGCUCUGUGGAGGUUGUGCGAAUGGCAACUCGCGGAUCCAACGCGAUUGAGGUCGCUACUUAAGACGGAGGACGAUCCUGCUUCAUGGCGCGUCGACCCUGUCGGAUGGGACAAGGCGGGCAAUACCUACUUUUUGUUUGAUGACAAUCGACUUUGGGUUCAGCGUACACGGCCACUACCCCCGCGAGCCCCGAAGGCAACGUCGUUAAAGGCCAAGCGUGCUCAGCGCUCCGUCAAACGCUCCAAGCCUGCUCCCAAGAAGUCGCACAAGAAGAAGACUCCGGCGAAGAAGGCAACACCGGAGCGAGAACUCUGCCUGGAACCCGUUGAGGGCCCAAGGAAACGUACGCAGGUCACGUUUUACGGCAACGUGACACCCACCGUCGACGCAUUAAAACGGGGCGGUCCACCAGCAGCGCAUCCCAGGUCCGAUCGCGCAACGAGGAGCUCGGCUCGCAAUGCUCCAGCAACGUCCCCCGUGGCUACGCCGUCCAGGCUAUCCUCUCAGGCACCUCCAUUGCCACGGGGCACGCGCGUCAGCCGUCGCUUACGAAAUGUCGACGACGAAUGGCAGCAGAUCCCAGACGAGUGGCUGCAGACGGCUGAGACGAAACGAAUGCAGGUUACUACAAAGAAUGCAGAGGAAAAGACCGACUCGCAAGCGGAUGACGACGGCAGCGAGUUGUCCGAGUUGACUGAUGAGGAAGAGCACCAGGCGGAACUCAAUGCCACUCGCCCUGCGCAGGACAUGCAAGUCGCAAGGGAAGACUCGCCAUUGUCGGACGCUCCUGAAGAACCUUCGCCUCCUCCAGAAAUCGUCGAUGAUGAUGGCGACGAAGACUACAAACCCGAGGCCGACGAGAUCGGCGAGGGCGCCGAUGAAGAGAGAGAGGAAUCUGAGCGCAAUGACGACUCGGCUUCACCGAAGGUUGAGACUGACGACGUCCAGCACACGAAGGGAGAAGCUGGCGACGAGAUCGGGCGCGUCGAGGAAGAUGAGAAGCUGUUGGCCAAUGCCAAGUCUCUUGAGCCUAUGGAGGAGCUCGACGCCAAUCAGGAGAUCAACAGCGUCGCGGUUUACGACAGCAAGCGGGACGUUGGCGAGCCCGAGGCCGUCGGGGCCAAGAUGGACAUCGACAUUGUCGAAGCAAACGAGACCAUCGAAGCCUAUGAGGGGGAGGAAGAGGAGCAUGAGGAGGGGCCGAUGGAGGAGGAUGCCGUGAAGAAGGAGGAUGAUGCCGUGAAGGAGGAGGACUCUGUCGAAACUGACGAGGUCAAGCUUGCGGUCAAAGAGGCGGCUGAAGUGCCUGACGGCUUCAUUGAGUGGGAGGCUGUCUGCGUCACCCUCUACGACUGGAAGACAUGGCCGGAACAGUUCGCCAAGUCGCGCGACCCGGACGAGAAAGCUCUCUACAAGCUGCUCGCGAACGACGUCGCGCCCCAGAUCAUCGAAGUUCUCACUGAGCAGGAGCGCCUCAAGCAGGAGGCUAUCAACAAUCGAAAACGCUCUUCGCGUAUCGCCACCCGCGAGCUCGCGCGUGAAGAGGAGCUGCGCCGCGAUCAGGCACAACGCGAGAUGGAGGAACGCAUGGAGCGCGUGCGACAAGAACAGGCCGCCAAGGAGAAGGCCGAGGCGGAGCAUCUGGCGCGAGAGCAACGCCGCGAGGCGCGCCUAAGGGAGCGUGAAGAGCGACUCGCGAACCGUGACGCGGCCAUCCACGCCCGAGUGGAAGCGGAAACGUUAGAGAGAGAACGCGCCGAGCGGAGGAGAGAGCGUCGCAAGCGCCGUCGCGACGGCGAGGAGGUCGAGUCGUCGUCUGACGAUGGGACAGCCUCGCGUCCUGCCACUCGCGCGCAAACGCCGAGCAGAAGUGCUGCCUCGUCCGUUAAGGAUGGCUCGAACGGCCAGUCAUGGGAAAUGAAGUGCGAGGUGUGCAAGCUGCACGGCUGGAACCUGGCUGACGACGCCGACGCCGUCUGCUGCGACGACUGUGGGCGCUGGCAGCACGUCAAGUGUCACGACCGCCAGGACAUCGCUGCCGGCCGCGGCAUUCGCGACUGGGACCAGGUCGACUUCCGGUGCUCUGAGUGCGACGCCCGCAGCAAGCGACCCCGUGUCUCGGACGUGCGCCAGGACGGGGCCAACGGCACCAUUUGCCAGCAAACGGCAACACAGAAUGGGUCUCAGCGUCGGUCCAGCGCAUCCCAGUACCCGGUGCCCUACCCCAGCAACCCACUUCCCGCGCCUCACUCAUACCAUUCUUCUCAACCGCCCCCGCAUCGGCAAGCUCAAUACCUUCCGUCACAUCCUCCUCAGGCCGCUAAUGGCCACCAACAGCAUCCUACCUACCUUCCCCAAUCGCAUCAGCCACAUCAACUCCAACAUCCGCAAGGCGCGCAUACUUCUCCGCAGGCGAGCUAUCAACCCAUGCCUCAGGUGGCUCAGCCAUAUGCCCAGCACACCGGCAUGCAGCACCCAGGCCACCCUCUGCAGCACCACCAUGUCCAUCCACAGCAACACCCUGGGUAUAGCAUACCCGAGAAUCUCGACCACCAGGCGCCGCAGUACCGACCCGAGCACGUACAGUAUCCGCACGACGUGCGCUACCCAAACCCACGUGCCGACUACACAACCCCCCAGUAUUCCCAGCCACCGCAGCGUCCAGAGUACGCACCGCGCCACGACUAUCACGGUACCAACGGAGGUCAUGCCGCACCCCAGCCGUACUCGUACCCUCACACAUCGCCACCUACACCUCAAUACUCGGGCCAGGCGGCACAGCAGAUGCCGCCGGUCAAGUAUACAGGCGAGAUGGACAAGCGCCACUAG